ACACAGAAAGCACAGUCGAUGGCAGGGGAAGAGGUAAACAAAGAAAUCAUUCAUCUCCAAAGAGGACGGACUGCGAGCUCUGUUUGGUUAUCGGUUCAUGACAACUAUGAACAUCUAACCAACCACAAAUAUAUUUUCGAUUGAAACCAAUCUAUUGAGCCAUAUGAAAUAAAAUGUCACGGCUGCAGUUCAAUUUUCAACCUACAAAUUUUGACCUUGACUAUGACGAAGAACCAACAUUUCGCUAUGAGGCCAGCAGUGUCCAAUCUGAGUCUACAACAUCGACAGCGAGUUCCGAGACAUCAACAUCCGAGGAUGACAUCCUUAACGAAGACGUCUUCCAAGGUUUCCAGAACACACGCGGAAGUCUCUGGGGCGGAUUUAAUUUUAAAAUGUCAUCCCGCAGACCUAACCUUGAGUAUAAAAUCAAACUUGGACGGGUGUGGAAAUUUUUGGGACAAUUGUUUGUCAGUAUGCCUGUUGGUAUUCUUGUGAUAGUGAUUAGUUUCUGUUUACCUGCAACGUUAAUGGGUAUAUCCGUGUUAUACAUCAAACCAGUGCCCCAUUUUGACAUAUCCCUUGAUGCAUUUGAAAUUCCGAAUCAUGUGACUUCUCAAAGACAAGAAGCGUUGAAUUUGGCAAAGAAGGAGAUGGUAACUAGUUUAGCUAACUUCAAGAAAACGAAUGGAAAUAAUAAAGCAAGGAGAAGUAGGAGAAGUAUGGGAGGAAGUGCAAUAGAAAGAACUGCAGAUAAUUAUCUGCUUAAUAGCAGACAACAGAGAGAUGUUUUGACAUUCCAAACAAGGUCAUCCUUGUGGCGUAUGGAAGUAGUGUUUGUCGCACGCGGCGAUGAUGACUUAAAUAUUUUCACAGAAGAAAGAUUGUUAACGAUACAUGACAUUGAAAUGAAAAUUAUUAACCAAAAAGACUUUACGCGAUUUUGCUCGAGGUCGUUGUCAGCACGGAAGGACCCUGCUCUGGCUGUGAUCGACUACUGUUCACCUUUGAACUCCAUGAUGACCUACUUCUUUCCAAGCAAAACUGGAAAUAAUAUCAGGUAUGAUGGUAUGGGAACUGAACUGGCAGACAUAGAGGGAGCUUUGGAAAAGGCAAUGUCAAGCGAAGACGUGUACUAUUAUGUUGAUCAAAACAUGAACAGUACAAACAGACGAAGCUCUUUGUUACGUACAGAGGUGUUAUUUGGUGAGCCAAUUGGUGAAUCGUGGGACCCGAUCUUAAGCAAGGAAGAGCAGAAGGCCGAAUUUCACAAAUUUAUUAUCACUUACAUUGAUCUGUUAGAAACGCAAUCUACAAGCAAAGUAAAAGUCUUGUACGGAGGGACAGAAAUUUUUGACUAUGAAGUCCAGUCAACUCUGCAUCAUGACCUACGUCUGAGUAUCAUCACUCUGGUUCUCAUUGUUGUCGUUCUCCUCAUCCUCACAUCGUUCUCUCUUUGGUUAACAACUUGGGGAAUUUUAAGUGUUCUUCUAAGUUUCUGCUGGGCCUUCGCUCUGUAUCGCAUGGUCUUCAUGAAGACUGCUCUUGGCAUGUUGAAUGCUGUGUCUGUUUUUGUUGUAAUCGGUAUUGGCGUGGAUGAUGUGUUUGUCUUCAUGAAUACGUAUCGUCAAGCAAGUCACUUACAAGAGCCUGCCCUCAGGAUGGGUUACACCAUCAAGACAGCCGGUAUUGCAACCUUCUUCACAUCGGCUACCACCGCUGGCGCCUUCGCUGCUAACAUGGCUUCUCAGAUUCCUGCCAUACAUGAUUUUGGUCUUUUCAUGAGUUUAAUUGUAUCCUUCUGCUGGUUCACAGUUGUCACCAUCAUGCCAUCAGCGCUCAACCUGUGGGGGCGCUAUUUCCUUUGCGAAUCUGCUCUAUUGAAGAAAUGUAGCGGUGGUGAUGGAUCAUCACAUUUGUACCGUGUUCUUGCUGAUCAUGAACAAGAGCAAGCAGUGCCCUCUAAUGGAAGCGUCAACUCACAAGCAGACGACAGCGACAUUCAAAUGCUUAAUAUUGAGGAUGAUUGUAUUCACCAAGAUUUGCUUGAUGAUGAUGAUGUUGCACUUAUUGAUGUUUCAACGACAUCACCUGUUGAGAGUUCUCGUGGCAACCAGAAGGACUGGGCCGUGUCAAAUCUCAGUAAAGGGUUAGAGGUUUUUCUGGCUCAAUUUGUGGCGGAGCCUGUUAAGAGAUUUAGAGUUUGGGUCAUAGUUGGCUUUCUGGUAAUUCUUGGUGUCUCCAUGGGGCUAGUACUUCAAAUACAACCGGCUUCACAACCUCCAACAUUUUACAGCGAGGACAGCAACCUCCAGGAGCUGAUGGACUUAGCCUACAACUUAAGCAGUAGCAACAUCCACUGUUCUUAUUGCUCUGGUUUCUACCAGUCUCUGCCUCAGGUAAUCCCCGGAAGUUCUCCGACAAAAGCACCAUCAGAUCACGGUAAGAAAGUUGCGACAGAGGUUCCGUCGUCUGCCGGAGUCACGCAUGAUGUUCAUCGGAAUGUGGUCACUAAUUUUCCUCACAUAACUUUGUUGAAAACGGCUAACGCGACAUCUCGUGCUACAACAACAGCACGUAAGUCUGCUGCAGUCACGUAUGAUGCUCAUCGGAAUGUGGCCACUAAUCAUUCUCACAUAACCUUGUUACCAACAGCUAAAGCGACCUCACCUGCUACGACAACUGCACGUAAGUUGGUAAAAAAAACCUGCUAUGAUAUUGUUUGUCCGAAUACACAACGAUGUCAUAUGUCUGAGAAGUCUGAGCCCGUUUGUUCGUGUGACUUUCACUGUAAUACCGUUGGACCGGAGAUCUGCGCCUCAAACGGCAUGACAUAUACCAAUGAAUGCUUAUUCAAGCAAGUCAAGUGUGAGAUGAACCGGAAAAUGACGGUGGUACACAUUGGGAAGUGUGUCAAUGAGUCUCCUAAUCCACCACAAUACAUUCCUACAUUCGGGCCACCUCUUGUUCCACCAGGGAAAAAUCGUGAUGGAAGUGGUGAGGAUGAAAAUAGUUCACCUGGAAAGGGAUAUAAUCCAUGCCAGGGAAAAUCCUGCGGAGAUGCAGCACAGAGGCCAAUCGUAGACAGUAUGGCUAUGGUAUAUGUGGUAUUCGGGAUAGAGGGCAUCAACAACGAGAACAAAACUAAUGGGAAGCACGUUCUUGAUGAAAAUAAGGGCGAGGUAAUAUACACAAGUUCAUUUAACUUGUUGGAUGGAGAUACGAUUCAAGCACUUUGCCGAAUAUGUCGCGAGUUGGGUACAAAUCAGGACCUGGUCUCUGAAGGGGGUGCAGAAUGUUUUCCAAGCAAUAUGGAGGAUGUGGUUCCUCCUAUUGGAGAAUGUAACAAUCUUCCUGCGGCACGAUUAUUGAAAGGGCAACAUUCCAAAAGUGCCAUCGGCAUAGAUAAAGACAAGAACCCAAUCUGGUAUACAAUGGCUUUUGAAUCUAAAAUUUACAUGGGAAAAUCCUCCUUCUUGGCCUACAAUGAUUACCUCCUUUGGGAAGCUGCAAUCCAGGAGCAAGUAGACAAGCUUAGCCCAACAGAAGCUCCUCAACUAGGCUCAAUGUUCCAGACAUGUGAAUACUGGCAGCAAGUUUUUAUGGAAAUUAUUGGAGUCACUAGUGCAGUGUAUGGCCUCGCAUUCUCAUUGCUUGUCUGCAUAGUUGCUGUGGUGAUAUUCACUGGCCAUAUUGUUCUAUUGUUUAUUGUAUUGAUGACAAUAUUUGGUGUCAUUCUUCUGGUCGUGGCAAUGUUCUACUUAAUGGGUUGGCAGAUGGGUGCAGUAGAGGCAGUGUCGUUAUCUAUCCUAGUGGGGUCAUCGGUUGACUAUUGUGUCCAUUUAGUUGAGGGGUAUCUGAUGGCAGGUGAGCUUGCCCCAGCCAGUAUAAAAUCAGAUAACAAGGCUCUUCGCAGUUGGCGUACAUCUCAGGCAAUUAGCAGCAUUGGCGUUUCCAUUUUCAGUAGCGCCCUCACCACUAUUAUUGCAGCUGUUCCACUCUGCUUUACGAUCAUCCAACCGUUUUCAAAAUUCGGUAAAAUAGUCGCGAUGAAUACGUUUCUAUCUAUCCUGUACACGAUGACAGCGUGUGCCGCAUUCCUGAGCUGUUUUGCCCCUGCAAAAUAUAAAUGGAGCCUAAAGUGGUUUAUCGUUUCCAGCCUCAUUGUGAUUGUCUUAAUCGGUGCAGGAAUUGGUGGUUUGUAUGGGCUACACCUAAAAGGUGUUAAAAUUCCAGGGCCUUCAGGCUCUGAACUAUUUUAAAGUCUUAUAAAGUGGUUAGUGCAAUUUUAUGUGCAAAUAAUUCCAGAUAGCAACUCCUAUUUUUUUUUAAAGACUGCAUAUUAUUCGUAAACAUCUUAGUUGUGAUUUGAAAUUUAUAAUUUUAAGAAAUAAUCCAUUUCACAACAGUUGUAGAAUAUUUUUUUAUGUUUUUUUAAAAAUAAUUUACUAAUUUUUGUUUUCUAUCAUCUUAAGUACCAAUGAGUUUAAUUUCACAUUAAACACAUAAAUUAAUUGAUUAAUUACAUAACAGAUGUCAACUAUUUUAAAAAUUAUUUUAUUCAGAUUUAUUCAUCUUUGUUAAAAAAAAACAAAAAAACAUACAGGCCUGAGGUAAUGUUGAGGUUUACAAUAACAUCAGUUAAUUAAUUAUUUGCUCACUUAUUGAAUUACUGGUUAUUCAGGGAUGCCCUAUGUUUUGAAGUUUAAUUUACUUGGCUUCCAAGUGCUGAGUAUUGAGUCCACAUCUCAGCAACAGGGUUUCUUCAUAAACCUUUGAUUAAACGUCUUUAGAGCACUGAUAAUCAUACCCACAUAAUCAUCGUAGCUUUAAGAUUCAGCCUUUUCAUUGAUAUAAGGUAUUGUAAGAAACAACCUCAAUUACGUAGAUUUCUAUGUUAAUAAACUCUCAUUCUUUUUACAGCACAAAGUAUUUCAUUCAUAAUGCAUCAUACAUAUUCAGAAUGUUUAUAGCAAAUUCUACAAUUAAAGGUGAUUUAGAUGAACAUAUUUUUUAAUGGUUAUCAAAAUAUACAUACAUUAGCAAUAUAAAAAUAUGCAUGUGUGUUGUUUCACAAUUUAUGAAUAUGUAUGUGGUGUUUAGCAACUCAUGAAUAUGCAUAUAUAAGUUAGGCUAUGAAUACUUAUGUAGGCUGUAGCAAUAAAUAUGCAUAUGCAUAUGUGGCAUUUAACAAUUAAUAUAUAUUUGGUUGUACUAUAAAUAUGCAUAUUUGGGGUUAAAACUAAUGAAUAUACAUAAUAUGUACAGGUGGUGUAUAUGAAAAUAAUUACAUACAAGAGAAGAACAAUAACAUUGAAAAUGUGAAGAACAGUGAACAAUGAAAGCAGCUAAUGGUUUAUAUACAGUAAUUGUGUAUACAACAAUAUUUAAUAUUAUAUUGUGCAAUCACAGUAGUGUUCAUGAGUAUUCAUCAGUUACCUGAUGAAUACUCAUUAGUAUGCGUGCAUAGCAAAUAUGUAUUAAAAUUCAUUGUGAUUUUUAAGAAAAAUUCAAUCACAUUAGGCUUUAGGGAAACAUAACUGAUUGAUGAAAUUUAUACUAAUGGUAAAUUUUUGAUUACUAUGUUUAUUGGAUAAUUUAUAACAAUGUUGGAGUUUCAGUAUACAUUAGUGUGAGUGGACCUCUUUUCAUGAGCCAAUAUUCAUGACCUGUUGGUUAAUAAGAUUAUAUUGUUAAUUUUCCAGCUGCAUUCUUUGGUAACAUAUUAGCAAAUCCUAUGCUUGUGUGGGCUGCAUACUACCAUAUUAAUUUAAUUGUCUCAAAGCUCUCCUGUUUACGAAAACUUAAUGCGGAUCACGGUUUUUAAGUCUUCAAUUUAGGUUUUUAAUAUGUUUUAAUAAAAUUAUUUUUAUUGUGGAACUGGGUUUAAAUGGUCUGUUACAGGGCUGACUUCGCUUAAGAAUUAUCAACACACAAUAUGUUGUAGGCUAUUAAAGGAGGUUACGAUUAGAGCAAGAUAUAUAUUUUUUGAAGAAAACAUUUUUUUUGAAAAAAAAGGUUUCCCCCUUUUUUUAGGAAAGAACAAUGUGCAUGAAUUUACUAAUGCAUGCAGGACCUUUGAGACAAACAGUUAAAAUAAUAUGGCCUUAUAUAAAGAGUAAUAUUUUUUUUAUAUUUUUCAAAUAUUUAUGUCUAUUUUUGCUGCACUGUAUAUUCUCCUAUUUUGGUACAAGAUCAAGUAAAUUAUUUAAGAAAUUUGUUAUGAAAAAAUGGCUUGCUUUGUAUAGUUGAUUUUAUAUACUUUCAUACUACUGUAUAUGUUAUUAAUUUUGAUAAUAUAAUGAAUAUAUAGCAUAAUAUUAAUUGUAAUAUAUUACAUACAUGUGAUAUAUUAUAUACAAACAUAACUUCCAGGUUAAAAAAUUGUCCCAAUGGUAUUUCGUAUACUAUAGAAAUUGAUAUUUAAAACUAUGGGACGCUGUCAUGUUUUAAAGUUUAUCUGUUUAUCUAACUGCUCAGCUGCUUAUAUGCUUCCCCACCAAUAGUUUUUUAAUGUUUGAGGUAAAUAUGAUAAAGAGACGAAGUAGUUAUUUUCUUUUUCAUCUGUGCAUUAUUAAGAGUAUUUGUGUUGAGAGGUAUUAAAUUUUUUUAGUGAAGUUAAUUUUUGGCGAGUUUUUAAGUUUGUCGUAUUGUUCAUGUAUGCUAUAUAUAAUGGUUUUGUUGAAGCAGCUAAUAAAAAUAUCAACACAGAAA